CAGGGGGUCUACAAGGUGGGCGGUAUCGGCACUGUACCAGCAGGCCGAGUGGCGUGUGGGUCCGCACGGCCGGGCUCAGCAACCUCAGCACUGACGUCUGUCGUACGCUCCCUGGAGAGCUUUCACGACAGUCGCGGCUCCGCCGCCGCGGGGGAGUGGGUGGGUUUGGCGGUGAAGGGGGUGCCGGCGUGGCGGGUGCGGCGGGGGGAUGUGGUGUCGGACGCCGGGGACCAGCCCGCGAGGUUUGCGGUUCGGUUCACAGCUAGGAUUCGAAGCCGCCCCGGCUGCCUUCGUCCCGGGUAUGUGGCCCUAGUUCACGUGCACACAGCCCAUGCACCUUGCCGCUUGGUCAGCAGCAGAAGAUGCGACACAAAGGGCACUGGCGAGAUGUUGGGGGAGAGAUUGGACGAGCAAGUCGGUCUCCAGGCUGGCGACGUGGCGGAAGCCGUGUUUGAGCCGCUGCACCCCCGUCUCGUGGUAGAGCCGUUUCGGGAGUAUCCCGUACUGGGUCGCUUUGUCGUA